GCCGCCAGACCAAUUCAGUCUCGGAAGUAAAGGCGCUGAAAGCGGACGCACGUUGCUCGUUUUUCGUCGAGACAUCGCUCGCUAGUUCGCGUGUGAGAAUAGCAUUAUUUUUGUCGUUUUGUUGUGAUUCUUCUGGUUGGGUGAGAAGAGACGACGUCAUCGAGACAGGGAAGACGACGUCAACGACGCCGGCUAGUGGCCAAUCGUAGCCUGAGCUGCUAAGUGAUCGAACUCGACGGAAUCGAUCGAUGCGUCGCUGCUAAACAAGGCUGCAAACAAAGUUCGUGCUGUGUGCAGUGGCGGGAAUUAAUCCAUCAUGAUGAGGUCGUCGUUACCUUGGAGCAGGUGGCCUGGUCACGUUGUGGCUACAGCAGUGCUUUGCUGUUGCAUCUGCGUACUGCUUCCCCUUGUCCAGGGACUAGACGGACAGGAAAUUGAUCUCGAAUUUGCCAAUCACGGCCGAGACACUGCCGUUGCCACUGCUGAUAAAGUUGUUUCGGAUUCGAAACCCGCCGAUGUGGCCACACGGCGAAAGCCGACGGAAUCGUGGAUGGUGCAGCGGAGAGACAAACCAAAUAAAUCAUCCUUAAAAAAGUUCGUGGAAACAGAUUGGGUCGAAGAUUCGCAACAGUACGGAAAAUCGAAGAAAUCAAUCUACGAUAAGAAAUAUUUCGAUUAUCUGCCUGCGGAGCUAAAAGACUCUCCCGAGACUUCCGCCGACGUGCCUUUAUCGAAACGAACCAAUAGCAGGAGAAUUCGACGCGGUGCCGACGCCACCGACGACGGAGAUGAAUCGCGACGCUCCAAAAGGCACGGCUGGUACGUUCAACCAGUGGCGUCCUACUCGUACACGGUGCCCCAGAUGGUAUAUUCCGUCGGUAACUGGCCGCCAGUGGUGUCUCAGCAGUACCCAACGGUCUACCAGCAGCAGCCGAGUUUGCCGUUUGGACCAACGUACGGGAACAGAGGUCACUUUACUACACCGGCUACCGUAGAUCGGACAUAUCUUCCUCCAACCACCACCAGAAGACCCAACUCUACGCCACCGGAUCGGACCUAUCUGCCCGUUCCGAGUCCGUCUCCAAACAGUGAAGGUCCAGUUGAUGGUGGCCUUGGUAAUCGCUUCAACUUCGAGAACAAUCCAGACCGGUUCGUUUUCGAUGUCGUGUAUGACAAUAACAGAGUUAACUAUAAUUUGAUGCCACGACCUCAGCAAGGACGAAUUCCCCCGACAACUAGGCGUCCACAGGCAUCGUUUCGGCCGGAAACUGCCACGGUUGGAGUUCCCGGACGAACCACGACCACUCCGCGGCCGUCGAUUCAGCACAACAGCGAUGACGAUUACGAUUGGUCCAGUCUCGGCCUUGACUCAGACAUUGGAAAUAGACUAGGCGCCGGUGGAGAUGACUCGAACAAUGACGUUUCUGGCUCUGGCACCGGAAAUCAGGGCCGGAAGAAACCCUCCAAGUGCACGUGGGCCAUUGCCAACUGUUGCAGUCACAAUUCGGACCGAAUUCGUUACUACUGCUUCGAGCAAAAUCAGUGCUACGGUGCAUUCUGGGGUGAAAAUGUCUGCCGCCGGUACUUCCAGGCAGCGUUGAAGGAAAUUGAAACCUACUACGAUGUUUGAUCCGGGCAAACAUUGGGUUUGUACAUUUGAAGUUCUUAAUAAGCUGAUACUCCCAAUAUCUUAGUGGAUAGUAUGAUAAUGAGGAAAAUAUAUAUUUAUUGGGGUGGUUCGAAUUUGUUUUUUUGCCUUAAACUGCUGGACUAAACUCUAUGGGUGUACUGAUUCUGCAUCUCAAAAAAUAAGCUCGAUUGGAUGAAACACGAGCAGCCAUAUAUUUUCGAUACGAAUUUGUAUGUAGAAGGUCACUUUUUCAGUUAUAGACAAUUUUGAGCGUGUUGGUAGCUUUUUUUUCUAUUCAUGUAAACAUCAUAGGCGUAUAGGCCGGCUUCAAGCAUUUUAUAUUGGGCUUCUAGAGCUUUCAUCCUCUUGUGCUGAGAUUUGGGAUUAAGAAUCAAUACACCUGUAAAAUUCGGCCCUAAAAUGGAAGGCGAUGAGUUGAAUUCAAACUUUUUUAAUAACGUCAAAAAGCAGUGCAUUUGUCUUUUGCGAAUAUUCAGAUGUCAAUAACAACACUAUCGAAAUAUUUAAAAAAAAUGAGUGCUAGAAAUUUCAUUUUCCUUUGUUUAGCAACUUUUUUUCUUUUUAAAUUAUCUGCAUUUUGUAAAUAUAUGUUGAUUAACUCAGCACCAAGCAUGAUUCUACAUAAUAAAAAGAUGCAUAAGAUCAGAUUUUCUAGAAA